GUGAGCCACCAUGCUUAACUCGUCUUAUUUUUUUAGUUUUUGUCUUUUUGAGACGGUCUCACUAUGCAGUUCAGGCUGGCCUUGAGCUCACUUUUUAGCCAAAGGUGGUCUCGAACUCGCAACAAAGCUCCUGCCUCAGCCUCCUGAAUGUUGAGAUUACCAGGCGUGCGCCACCAUGCCCUGUUGCUCCGCUAGUUUUAGUUUUACAAAGAAUAUCUAUCACUUUAAAAAAUGCUAAAUAAAAAAAGCUGGGCGUGCCUUGUGGAGCGCGAGCUCCCGGAAGAACUACGUUUCCCAGGAAGUUCUGUGCUGGCGCGCCCCUCCUCCCGACAGGCCCCGCGUUUCCGCGCCAGUUCGGCCGCAGCCCGCGAGUGCAAGGCAAUGGAGAGCAGCUGCGAGGUCGCCGUGGACAAGCAGCGUGUCCACGUGCGCCCCGCCACGCUCCACGAUGCCGCCCCAGCUGUGCUGCACCUUCUCCCCUGUGACGUGCUGGCCAACCGGCCCGCCCCCGUGGAGCGUUUCUUCACGCCCGCCAUCAGCCAGGGCACCGACGGACUCCAGGUGUCGUUUCGGGGGCGCAGCCUACGUGGCGAGGAGGUGUCUGUGCCGCCCGGCCUCGCGGGAUAUGUGAUGGUGCCAGAGAGGGAAGAGGGACAGAUAAAGAGGGAGGACUUCAGAGACUCCGAGAACAAUGGCGAGGAAGACGAGCAGGAACUGCUGGAGCGGAGCUUCGACCGGUUUAUCGGAGCCACCAGCAGCUUCAGCGGCUUCACAGUGUGGGGCCUGGAAACUGUCCCUGGCCCGGAUGCUAAAGUGCGGGGUGCCCUAGCUUGGCCUACCCUCGCCGAAGCGAUUCACGCACAGGUGCCUGAGAACUGAGGAGUUUGGAAUCGAAAGCCAUGGAUUCCUUCACAUCAGCAACCAGCUCUGCACUUUGGAGCCACUGAUUACAUCUGUCCAAUAAAUGAGCUUCUCAUGGUA